UCCUAUGUCUAUGGAUAACAGAAAUAUUUAUCUUUCCUCGUCCCUUGUUCCUUCUUCUCAUUUCCUUCUUCAUUAUUUCCCUCACUGUCGUCUGCAAGAUUGUAAACAAUUCGAUCGGUUGAAGGAUGCAAUUGUCGUGGAGCAAAGGGAGAUACGCGCUUUGCUUGCUGAUUCUGCAAAUAAAAUUAACGAAUUCGCGGACAUCUUGGCGCUUAAAUGCCGCCGACAAAGUUGUGAAAACGACCGAUUACGUGAGCGCGAUCGAGGACGAUCCGAUUUUUGAUAUCCUCGCAAACAGCUUCUUUAUUAACAAUGGCCAGAGCUGGAGCAGGACCGCGACAUUGGAGAAACACGAGAAAGUACAGAUAUACUGUCAAGAGUGUAAAGGUUUUGCUACUCAAGAAAGACGACUCUCGUCAUACGUGUUAAAGGAUACAAAAAAUAUCAAUGAGUCCUUUCCUCUGUCUUCACAAGUGACAAAUGAACAAGUGACAUGCACUUCUGGUCAACAAUGUGACAAUAUAAUAUUGGAUUGUGGCAAGCCAGUAAAUUUUACCUAUUAUGAUAAUCUGAUUGGUGUGGCAAAUAGGAACAAGCAUCCAUUGGUACCAGAACCCAAUGUAGCACUCAUGUUCAAGAAAAACAGUGGCAAAACUAUUGAUGUUGAUAUUGACUUGCUAGAAAAACGCUUGAAGAAAGCAAAGCGAGAGAAACCAAAAUCUGUACAAUUAUAUAAUCAAAUAGGAAAUUUUUGGCGUAUUAAAGGAGAUGCACAGAGAUCAAUUGAGUGCUUUCGUAGGGCACUGGCAGUAUCGCCGCAAAAUGCAGAAGUGCUCUUGAACUUGGCUAGAGUAUUAUUGGUACAACAUUAUUUGGAUGAUGCUGCAUAUUUAGCCAGACGAUCCUUAGAGUUGCAACCCCCAGAUCGCAAUGCAUGGGAGCAAUAUCUUACACUUGGACAAAUAUUCAAAGCAUAUGGACAUUUUCAAGAGGCAGCUGUUCAUUUACGGCAUGCGCUGGAAUUAAAACCAGAUCUUUCUGACGCUGCCGACGCGUUAAAAGAAGUCGAGUCGCUACCGGCUGCAAGUAUACAUAUUUAUACGUUGCUGAUUAUCAUCUGUUUGGUACUUGGUGUACUCUUGGUUGUGUUGAGCAGUGUAGAAUGCGAUGAGGAUUCAACUCUAGUCAGUGGACAGCUUCAGCGUCCAGUACAACGACAUUUCAGUCGUGCUAUGGCUAUGCGUAGUUUACGGCUCAACGUUGCACGCAACAAACGUUGUUGAUAAUGAUAA